AUGAUGAUGGCGGAGCUGGUUCAGGGACAGGCCUCGGUGGCUCAGCCCGGAACGAAAGAUGACUUCGCAGACACUAUACGCCGGGUGCGACAGAUGGCUGCCAAGAUGGGAGGAGAGCAGAUGCCAAAUCUACACAGUUCCUCGCCCGUCAUUGACCCCUCCCUCUAUGGUUUCGGGGGCCAGAAACGCACGCUGGACAAUGGAGUAGGCAACCAUCUUGGUGCAAUGGUACAUCAAAGGGCUCUCACGACCGAAGACUUCAAAGUGCCUGAUAAGAUGGUGGGCUUCAUCAUUGGAAAAGGAGGGGAGCAGAUUUCAAGAAUCCAGCUGGAAUCUGGCUGUAAGAUCCAGAUAGCAUCAGACAGUGGAGGCAUGGUGGACAGGCCCUGCACGCUGACUGGCAGUCCUGAGAACAUUGAGCAAGCCAAGAGGCUGCUGACUGAGAUUGUAGAGCAGUGUCGCUACGGUCCGGGCUUCCACUGCGAGAUGGAUGGCAAUGGCGCCAUCCAACAGAUGCUAAUCCCCGCAAACAAAGUGGGCCUGGUGAUCGGCAAGGGGGGAGAGACCAUCAAACAGUUACAGGAGAGAACAGGAGUGCAGAUGAUCAUGAUUCAGGAUGACCCAAUGCCCACUGGUGCAGACAAGCCCUUGAGAAUAACUGGAGACCCCCACAAAGUGCAGCAAGCACGUGAACUUGUCGUCAAACUAAUCAGGGAUAAGGACCAAGGAGAAUUUAGGGUGGGCAGGGCUGACUUUGGGUCCAAAAUGGGCGGAAGCAGUCUGGAUGUGGUGGUACCCAGAUUUGCAGUUGGCAUCAUCAUUGGCAGAAACGGAGAGAUGAUCAAGAAGAUUCAGAAUGACGCUGGGGUCAGGAUUCAGUUCAAACAAGAUGACGGGAUCAGCCCAGACCGUGUUGCCCAAGUGAUGGGCCAGCCUGACCACUGCCACCAUGCUGUGCAUCUCAUCAAUGAGCUAGUUCAAACUGCCCAGGAGCGAGAUGGCUUUGGGGGUGUGAUGGGUCGUCGCAGCAGAAGUGACUGUAACAUGGGCGGCGGCCCUGGGGGGCUACAGGAAGUGACGUACGCCGUACCCGCUGACAAGUGCGGCCUGGUGAUUGGCAAAGGCGGAGAAACCAUCAAGAACAUCAAAGAGCAGUCUCGCGCCCACGUGGAGCUGCAGAGAAACCCGCCACCCAACACUGACCCCAACGUGCGCAUCUUCUCCAUCCGAGGCACCCCACAGCAGCUGGAAAAGGCCCGGCAGCUGAUCGACGAGAGGAUUGGGGGUCCUGGAUUGGGAGGAAGCUUUGGAAUGAAUCCCUACAACCAAGGAGCAGCCACUCCUCCACAGCACGGCCCUCAAACCUUCAUGACUGGAGGAUGGGGGACAACUUUCCAGAUCUGGCAGCCUCCAGGCCAACAAGACCAUAGUCACAACGGAUCCCAGACGGGGCAGAUGGACUGGGAGCAGUAUUACAAAAAGCUAGGUCAGCAAAGCCAAGCCCAGAGUGCUGCUCCUGAAUACAACAAAGCCUGGGGACAAACCUCGACUCCUGGCUCUCAGCAGGCUUCCACUCCAGACUUUAACGCCUGGGUGGAUUUCUACAGGCAGCCCAUGGCUUACUUCAACCAGGGUGCCCAGCAGACUCAAGCCCCGGGCCUUCAGACAAAUGUCUCAUAG